AUGUGGUGGUUCUACCUGAAGGAGGAGAAAAGGACCAAGCGCCCUGUAGGAGUGGUAGGAUCGUGCGAUACGGAGAGAGUCGUGCAGCCCCAGGAAUCGGAAAAGACUCCGGAGUUGCAGGAUAUACCCCCUGGUCACGAAAAAUACGCUAAUGUAUUCGAGAAGCAUGCCGAGAGGUUCGACGAUGCAUACGAUAAGAUCCGGGAGGAGACACUCUGCCUGGCCAAGAGGAGGCGGCAGUAUUCCAUCAUGUUGGACGCUUCGUCCAGUAGCUUUCGGAGAGCUAAGGACCAUUUUGGCGUCUCCUCUAGCACCCCGCGUAGAUGGGCUAAUGAAGGAAAGAUCGCCACCAAGCGCACCGCAGGCAACCACCGCGUCUUCUCCAUCCCCAGCCUCGAAGAGAAAGAAACUCGGGCAUGCAUCGCCUACUGUAGGGUCAGCUCCUCCAAGCAGCGCGACGACCUGCAGCGACAGAGGAGGUUUCUAUCUGACCAACUCCCCAGACACGAGAGUGUCUCGGACGUGGGCUCGGGGAUCAACUUCGAGAGACCAGGACUGCUAUCCAUUCUGGAACGAGUCCUACAGGGCAGAGUAUCGGAGGUGGUGGUUGCCAGCAAGGACAGACUGUGCCGGGUCCACAAGAGCGGGGGCGCGAUAAAAGAAGCGGAGGUGGCUCUAGCAUUCCCCUCGAGGUGCAGGAAGAUAAGGGCCUUCCCGACGGGACAUCAGCGGCUAAUCCUGAGGAAGAUGGUGGGAGGGUGCCGGAAACUGUAUAACGAGACGGUGGCCAUGAUCCGGGACAGGCGUCUCCCGUUUGCGAACGUAGAAGCAUUCGAGGAGGCAGAGCGACGGCGGAAGACCAGGCUUGAGGAUAGAAAAAGGAAGAAGGCGGAGGAUGAUGGCUCCGAGUUCGAAGAGGUGCACUACAAGGGGACGAGUCACCCUUGGAUGGACAAGGUGUACGUCAAGAACUUUCUGGUGCCCGAGGACAGCGACUUCAUGAAAGCGAACCCCUACCUGAAAGAGAUACCCAAGGAGACCAGACAGCAGGCGGUGGAGGAUGCCAUUGAGGCGUACAAGGCUGCCUUCAGCAACAUGGCAGUGGGGAACAUCAGCAACUUUGAGGUGGGCUUCAGGAAGAAGAAAGACCCGCGUUGGUCUAUCGCGGUCGCCUUCAAUGCGGUUUCGGGGAGCAGGUUCUGGCCACGCAAGGUCAAGGAUUUCGGAGAGCUGGUCGUGGCGGAGCCACGGCACCUGAGGAAGCGCUACGGGCGGGAGCUGAAGAUCUCGAAGGAUCAGCUCGGGCGCUACUGGAUGGUCAUCAUGAACGACAAAGGACCCAAGGCUACGACGGAAGAGGCGGCGAAGGGCGUCGAAGAGCUGCGCGAGUCGACCCGCGAGAACCAAGCGGGCGACAAGCCGGUGGCUGCCAUCGACCCGGGGAUUCGGACUCGACACACCAUCUACAUGACGGACGGGCGGCUCGUGGAAGUGGAAAAUCAGGACAUACAGAGGAUCGUGCGUCUCUGUCGGCACGUGGACAGGUGCAUAUCGGCUCUGAGCAAGGGAGAGCUCGCGGUGUCCAAGAAGCACCUGAAGAGGAACCCGAAAGCAUCCGUGAUGGCCCUCUUCGACCACUAUCGGCCUUCGAAGAAAGUCCAGGGCCAGCAUGUUGUGCGUCUGAGUGGCGAGGACAAGAACAGGAUACGACAGAAGAUGCACCAACUGAAGGCGAAGAUAGAGAGCUUGAAGAACGAGAUAGACGACCAGACGGUGGCCUACCUGCUUCGCGAAUGCAAGACGGUCCUGUUGCCCCCAUUCGACAUGCACUCCAUGUCCACAAGGCUGCACCACAAGACGGCGAGGGCCAUGAUGCAGUGGAGACACGGGACGUUCAAGACCAAGCUCGUGGAAAGAGCUCCCGGCCGGGGGGUGCGGGUCAUGAUAGUGUCGGAGGCAUACACCAGCAAGACCUGCGGGGCGUGCGGGUGGCUGCAUCCCAGUCUGGGGCACAAGGUCUUCUGCACCGCCGACUGGACCGCGGCAGCGCCCGUCUUCAAACCGCUGCAGGGAGACGGCAUGCUCCGCAACCUGUCCCUCUCGGGAACGAGCCUGUGCGGAGCGGACGCCCGUCCCGGCGUAGACAACAUCUUCUGCAGCAACGACUUCAUUUCGAAACCAUUGACUCAAGUACAAGGCAGCGGCAACGUGACCGCUCAGGGGAAGGGCAGGCUCUGCGUCGUGGCCAAGGACCAACGAGUGUUCUGUACCGACUCUAUCGUCCAAAACCCCGUCUGGACCAAGAGAGGGGACCUCGCCAUAGACCUCGCCAUGAACGAGUCGGGCGGGAUAUGUGCUUUGAACCCCGACGGGACCAUCUUUUGCCAGCCGGACCUGACGUCGGGGAAAUGGGUGGCCACGAACGUCGCCGAAAAGAAGAACGUGAACCUCGCCACGAAUAUUCAUGGGACGAAGCUCUGCAUCUUCAACAGCGAUAAGGCCCCCGCUUACUGCCAUGACAACGUCUUUGCAGGCGACAAGGCGGGUUGGUAUGGGUUGGCAGCUGCUGGACAACGGUUCGGGUUGGAAAAAGUGUAG